AUGGCAAAAGCGGGACCUGUUCGGAAUCGUGGUACGCGUUCUAAACCCUAUGAGCGUGGACGGCAGGAUGGUACCGAGAAGCAACAGGGAUGGUCUAUUUUUGGACGCAUUCGUGAUUUUUUUCUCGGGAACAAUCCGCAGCCCGAGAAUGACGAUUCUGAUGAGGAUAUGGACGACGGAUACAGUCAAUCUAUGGGCAGAGUGCCGGCAAUCAUAGAUGAGGAACCCAGUCAAUUCGGUCGUCCUGAUCAAAGUAUCGGUCGGUUCCAAUCCGCAAACAAUAGCCUGGCCCUGACCCCUCGACGUCAAGGUCAGAGCUUACAGUCUCGGAUCAUGUCUACGCCGUUAAGGGAUCCUCAGAUGGUAGCAAAAGCUGUCCCCUCUGCAGAGCCCAGUAUUAUUUCUAGGCAGGGCACGCCCUUCAACACUGCCUCACCCAACGAUGCCCUGCGACAGUUCUUCAAGCAAAAGGGUGACCAGGAGCUCUCCAACAUGGAAGUUGUUGGUGUUUUGAGUCUUAUUGGCCAAGCAGUGUCGCGAAAUGAGAGUAUGAUUGAUUUCAGUACCAUCCAUCAACCCGAUGAUCCGAAUGCCUCCUACGAUAUGCCCAGUAAUAUCUUGUCCGGAGCACGCACAUCAACCCCUAACGUGUCAGUACCUGACCAGUACUCGUUUAGAUCCUCUCCUUCCACAUCUCGCACAUGGAACCGGUCACGCCGGGGCCUUUCUUCGGGCCCCAGAAUCAGUCGUUCGAAGCCUGCGACUCCUUACUCGAAGCCGGCUCCGUCUCCCCAGGUUCUUUCACCGUCAUCGAUGUCAAAUACAGCCUCUGCCUUGCUGGAAAUUCUGGAUGAGCCAAAUGCAUCUAGUUCAGGGCCCCUUAGUCCCAGGAAACGGAAGGACCCCGUCGAAGACUCGUACACCAAAUAUCGACCCAGCAGGUCCAGCGGACUUCGUAAUACUAUCCUGGCUUCUAAUGCAGAGCCGGUAAUUCCUACUGCGGAUUUAGGUGUUCCGAAAGUCGCUCCCAAAGCAGUUCCUGAUUUAUUCAAGCCCCUGGACCCCGAACCUAAAGCUUCACCUUUUCAAAUGCGACCGCUCGAGCCUGUAUCCGGGCCUGAGACCACGCCUAAGCCCAUCACCGACCCCGAACCAAAGCCUCACUUUAAUUUUGGUGCUGCUAAACCUGCUUUCACACCUCAGCCUCGCGAGCACGUGGCUGAAUCCAAAUCGACUCAGGUUCAAUUCGCCGACCCCAAGGAUGAAGUUAUUGAUUUGGUCGAUGAUGAGUCCGCACCAGAGCCUGUUUCAAAACCUUCUACAACUCUGGCAACAAGUGCAGUCUCCACUGACACAAUCCCCGAUUUUGUUUUCGACCCCAUCCCCGAAGAAGGAGAACCUAUGGACUUGACGCCUGCUGAGCAGGCACAAGUUCGUGAGCUGGAAACCUCAUUUACAUUUUAG